AUGUCUGUCGAUCUAUCUAUCUAUCUAUCUAUCUAUCUAUCUAUCUAUCUAUCUAUCACUAUUGGAGAUAUCUACCUAUCUGAGUCUAUUUAUUUUUCCAUAUCUAUCUAUCUAUCUAUCUCAGUCUGUUCAUGUCCAUCUAUCCAUCUAUCUAUCAGUUUGUUCAUAUCUAUUUAUUUAUCUAUCUCAAUCUAUCUCAGUCUAUUCAUUUUUUCAUAUCUAUCUAUAUAUGUAUCUCAGUCUGUUCAUGUCUAUCUAUCCAUCUAUCUAUUAGUUUGUUUAUAUGUAUUUAUUUAUCUAUCUAUCUAUCUAUCUAUCUAUCUAUCUCAGCUUUUCUUUACAAGGCUAUUAUUUCUCUCUCUCCUGUCUGCUGUUUAUUCUGUCUCUCGACUUUUGUUUCUUUCAACUGUUUUUGGAGUUGAGAGAGAGACAUUUCAUUCGCUUUUUCUCAAUCACUCACCUCCUCUCCGCUUUUAG